GUAGCGAUAGAAUUGGAGAGAGAAGAAUGAAGAUACUUUCUUCUGCUUCUGCGCUGGCUGUUGCUCGCUUCUGCUUCAUCUUCUUCUUAUCAUCAGUUGGAAAAUCCAGAGCUAAAAAUGCCACCACUGACCCAUCUGAAGUGAGAGCAUUGAACUCAGUCUUCCAACAAUGGGACACACAGGCACCAGAUUCCUGGAAUAUCAGCGGCGAACCAUGCAGCGGAACUGCUCUGAGCCGAAAGGACAGCCUUUUCGAAGACAAUACUAACAUCAAUCCGGCCAUCAGAUGCGAUUGCUCUUUCAACAGUGCUACUAUCUGUCACAUCACCGGACUGAGAGUGGUUGAACUGGACAGACGGGGGGUGAUGGCGGAGGAGCUUUUGGCUUUCAAAUUCUUAACCUUUCUAAAGAUCGAUGGAAAUUACUUCACCGGUACCUUGCCGGCAUGGAUUGGGAAUUUAUCUGCAUUGCAGUUCUUGUCUGUUGCUAUCAAUGCAUUCUCUGGGUCCAUUCCUAAAGAGCUUGGAAAUCUUAAGGAGCUAACUCUGUUAUCCAUUCACACAAAUAAUUUCUCUGGAACGCUCCCACCAGAACUUGGUAAUUUAGUCAAACUUGAACGAUUUUACAUUAACAGCUGUGGAGUUGGUGGUGAAAUUCCCUCAACAUUUGCUAACCUUGUAAGCAUGCAAAUAAUGUUUGCAUCAGACUGCCCUUUCACAGGCAAGAUACCUGAUUUCAUUGGCAACUGGACAAACCUUAUAGAAUUGAGAUUGGAAGGGAAUUUCAUUGAAGGUCCCAUACCAUCCAGUUUUUCUAAAUUAACCUCUCUAUAUUCUUUGCGAAUCAAUGGUUUAUCCAAUGUGAGCUCUUCUCUCGAUUUCAUUAUAAAUUUAAUGAGUUUAGAUGAGUUAAUUUUAAGAAAUGCAUUAAUUACUGGUAGGAUUCCAUCUGCUAUUGGACAACUCCAAGCUUUACGAAAACUGUUUCUUGGAAAUAAUAGUCUGUCUGGUACCAUCCCUAGCCAAAAGAGUGAAAACCUAAUGAAUAUAGAUUUAUCUUACAAUUUUCUGUCUGGAAGCUUUCCCUCAUGGGUGAACACAAUCUCACAACUGAAUCUAGUAGCCAACAACUUCACAUUUAACAGCUCAAACAUAAGAAAGAAAUUUCAAGCAGAGGGGAAAAGGCAUAGACGAUUGUAUUUUAGAGUGUUCUUAGACUACUUUCCUGAUGCAAACUUCGCAAUCAAUUGUGGUGGCCUGGAGAUGAUUGUGGAUGGGAUAACAUAUGAGGCUGAAGCCUCUUCUCUUGGCACAGCAUCAUCUAAUGUAAUCGAUACUGAGAAAUGGGCGGUUAGCAAUGUGGGUUUGUUUUCUGGGGGAAAUACAAACUACAUGCAAGACGCCUCGGCACAAGUGAGCAACACAAACUCACCGAUCCUUUAUCAAACUUCAAGGAUAUCCCCUGGAUCACUCAGAUACUAUGGCUUAGGCCUAGAGAAUGGGCCUUAUACAAUUAGCUUGCUUUUUGCAGAGAUAGAUUUCAAAGAUCGAAGCACACAAACUCGAGAGAGUCUGGGAAGGCGAGUUUUUGAUAUUUAUAUUCAGGGAACAAUUGUAUUGAAGGAUUUUGACAUAUCAAAAGAGGCAGGUGGGGCUGACAGAGCAAUUAAUAAGAAUUUCAUUGCCACCGUGACAAAGAACUAUCUUGAAAUUCACCUAUUCUGGGCUGGUAAGGGAACAUGCUUGGUACCACAAGAUGGUCACUAUGGACCAUCCAUUUCAGCAAUCAACGUGGUAUCAAAUUUCACACCAGCUGUAAGUGGGAUUCCCCCACGCACAGCAAAAGAGAAUAGGACUGGGUUGAUUGUUGGGGUUGCAGUUCCUGUCGGAGUUGUCACCUUCACCUUGAUAUUGAUAUUUUUAGUCUUCUACUCGAGAAGGAGAAAUGAUGAUGAUGAGGAAGGGCUUCUUGGAAUAGGACCCAGACCAAAUACCUUCAGCCAUGCUGAGUUGAGAGCUGCAACAGAUGACUUCAGUCCCUCAAAUAAGUUAGGAGAAGGGGGAUUUGGUCCAGUGUACAAGGGUAAACUUUCUGAUGGGCGGGUAGUAGCUGUGAAGCAGCUUUCAGUAGCAUCUCGCCAAGGGAACAGCCAAUUUGUUACUGAGAUUGCUCUCAUAUCUGUGGUGCAACAUCGCAACCUUGUUCAACUGUACGGAUACUGCAUCGAAGGAAAUAGACGCCUCCUUGUUUAUGAGUAUCUUGAGAACAAAAGCCUUGACCAAGCACUCUUUGGAAAAAGAAAGUUGCAUCUUGAGUGGCCAACCAGGUUCAGUAUCUGCCUGGCAACUGCAAGAGGACUAGCUUAUCUUCAUGAGGAAUCAAGGCUGAGGAUCAUACACAGAGACGUGAAGGCAAGUAACAUUUUGCUUGAUGCGGAGCUGUGUCCGAAAAUAUCUGACUUUGGAUUAGCAAAGCUAUAUGAUGACAAGAAAACUCACAUCAGCACCCGGGUUCAAGGAACUAUUGGCUAUUUGGCACCAGAGUAUGCAAUGCGUGGCCACCUCACUGAGAAGGCAGAUGUUUUUGGCUUUGGUGUUGUUGCUUUGGAAAUCGUUAGUGGAAGACCAAACUCUGACAACAACCUGGACAAUGACAAGAUCUAUCUUCUUGAAUGGGCAUGGACUCUGUAUGAAAGCAACCAAUGUCUUGGUCUGGUGGAUCCAACUCUAGUGGAGUUUGAUGAAAAUGAAGCUUUAAGAAUGAUAAGAGUGGGACUCUUGUGCACACAAGCAUCACCAAUGAUGCGACCACCCAUGUCAAGUGUUAUAGCUAUGCUUGCUGGGGAUAUCGAAGUGAGCCCUGAUGCGUCAAAACCAAGUUAUUUAACUGACUGGGAUUUUAAGGACAUAACAGCCAGCAUUGAGGCUGAAAACACACCAUCUAGUGGAUCUAAACACAGUGAUAACAAGAACAAGAACAAGAACGAUCUUAAUCCAGGGAUAGAGCUGGUGCCUUCUCCAUUAAACAUCACUGAAUUCAGUGACAUUAUUGAGGAAGGAAGGUGAGAGAUGUUUUUCCUUAAAAGCUCCAUUUUGCCACUUCUGCUUUGACCUCUGCCAUACAUUUUCUAGCUCAAUAAAGUAGAUACUGAAAUUGUGUGAAUUUCUGUCAUUCGAACCCUUUAUAUGUUGAUCAUUUCUCUCUGUGUAAAUUGAAUGAGAUAUUGAAAUAUUGGCAUGCAAUAAGGCUGCAGUGUUUGUAACUCAUGGAUGUCAUUCCUAUCGUGUGGUAAUAUACUUCGAAGCUAUAG